AUGGGAGCGAAAAAGAAGCUUCUGCAAAUCAAAGAAGCUUUUCAGCUGGCCCAGAAGCCGUACCAGAACCACGCGAAACUUGUCGUGGCUCUGAAGAGCACCUACGCCCAGUUGGAAGAUAAGGAAGACUUUCAUGAAAAAUUCAUUAAUUUCCUUAAGUAUGCUAUGAUAAUCUACAGACGGGAACCAGCAGUGGAACAAGUCAUCAAUUUUGUGGCUAAAUUUGUUACUUCAUUUUAUCAAAUGGAAAAAGAAGAUGGUAGUGAGGAGGGAGAAGAUGAUAAUUUGCUUCUGAAUUAUGUGUUUAACUUUCUGCUUGAGUCUCACAAUGCGAACAGUCACGCUGUUAGAUUUCGAGCAUGCCAGCUUGUUAAUAAGAUUUUGGGAAAUAUGCCAGAGAAUGCCCAGAUUGAUGAUGAUUUAUUUGAUAAAAUUAACGAAGCUAUGCUGAUUAGGCUUAAAGAUAAAUUUUCAAAUGUGAGAAUUCAAGCUGUCUUGGCCCUGUCGAGACUCCAGGAUCCUAAGGAUGAAAACUGUCCUGUUGUUAAUAUUUACAACAUACUGCUUGAAAAUGAUUCAAAUUCAGAAGUGAGGCGUGCAGUGCUGUCAUGUAUUGCUCCAUCAGCAAGGACUUUGCCAAAAAUUGUAGGCCGCACUAUGGAUGUAAAGGAAGCUGUCAGAAAGCUGGCAUAUGAGGUUUUGGCAGAAAAAGUUCACAUGAGAGCUCUGUCAAUAGCACAGAGAGUAAAAUUGUUGCAACAAGGACUUAAUGACAGAUCUGAUGCUGUUAAGGAGGUAAUGAAGAAGCUGCUUCAAGCCUGGUUACGAUUCACUGAAGGGGAUGUUUUAGAAUUGCUUCAUCGACUUGAUGUGGAAAAUUGUCCAGAAGUGGCCAUCCCAGUACUAAAUGCUAUUUUUUCAUUAUCUCCACUUCAUGACUUUGUUCAGAACUGUAAAAACCUUGACAGCAGAAAACUGAUCCCACUGGAAGACUUAACACCUGAGAAUGUGUUAUACUGGAGAUGUCUUUGUGAAUAUCUAAAAUCAAAAGGUGAAGAAGGUGAAGAUUUACUAGAACAGUUGUUGCCAGAACCAGCUAUAUAUGCAGAUUAUUUAUUAAGUUACCUUCAAAAUAUGCCUGUUCUUAGUGAAGAGCAAAGAGAAGACUUUACUUGUUUUGAAAACCUGAUGACAAAAGAAUUUAUAGGCCAGCAACUGAUUCUGAUCAUCGGCUGCAUGGAUACCAUGGAAGAGGGAGGCAGAAAGCAUCUGUUAGUUACCUUACAAAAGAUUCUCAUUCUACCUGCAACUUCAACAGCCCUUAUAUCUCUGCUGGCAGAAAGAUUACUCAGCAUCGUUAAGGAUGAUGACAGAAGGAUUCAAAUUAUUGCAGAAAUUAUAUCAGAAGUUCGUGAACCAAUUGUUUCACUCGACCAGCCUGUUGAUGUUGCUGAAAUAAGAAAGCGGGAGCUGAAGUUGGCUGAAAUAAAAGUGAAACUUUUUGAAGCAAAAGAAGCUUUGGAACAAUGCAUUACUCUUCAGGAUUUUAACACAGCAUCAGUAUUAAAAGAGAAAAUAACUGAGUUGGAACAAACAAAAAAUGAUCUGAUAAAAGAAGCAGAGCAACCUGAAAUUAAAGAAAUGCGUGUGGAGAAGAAUGAUCCUGAAACACUGUUGAAGUGUCUGAUGAUGUGUUAUGAGCUUCUGAAGAUCAUGUCCCUUUCUAAAGGAAUUGGUCCAACCAUUAAUGAAAUCAUUGAAUCUCUGAUACUUCCUGGCAUAACUAAUGUCCAUCCAGCUGUGAGAAAUAUGGCAGUUCUGUGUUUGGGUUGCUGUGCCCUUCAGAACAAAGAAUUUGCCCGACAACAGCUUGCGUUGCUGUUACAGGUUUUACAAAUAGAUAAUAUAAAGGUAAAGCUCAGUGCUUUAAAGGCAAUCUUUGAUCAACUAAUGCUGUUUGGGAUUGAGCCAUUUAAAGCCAGAAGAACUGAAAAUCGUGAGGAAGAAAAUGAAACAGAGGACGAAGAAGAGAGUGCUACAAUUCACAGCCUCCUGCAGCUUCUUUCUGGUUUCUUAGACAGUGAGUUUUCAGAACUCAGGACAGAAGCUGCAGAAGGCAUUGCCAAACUGAUGUUCUCUGGGAGGCUGAUUAGCGCCAAGCUUCUUUCUCGCCUUGUUUUGUUGUGGUAUAAUCCUGUCACCGAAGAGGAUACUCGGCUUAGACACUGUCUGGGAGUUUUCUUCCCUUUAUUUGCUUAUGCAAAUAGGUCUAACCAGGAAUGCUUUGAAGAAGCUUAUCUUCCAACUCUGCAAACACUGUUAAAUGCUCCUGCAACUUCACCUUUGGCUGAAAUAGAUAUCAGUAAUGUUUCUGAACUGUUAGUGGACCUCACCAGACCAAGUGGACUAAAACCUCAGUUUAAAAAGUCUCAGGACUAUCAGGACUUAACAGUGCAUGAUAGUUUAGCAAUGAAAAUUUGCAAUGAAAUCUUGAUGGACCCAACUGCACCAGAUGUUCGUAUUUAUGCAAAGGCUUUAAAUUCACUGGAACUCAGUAGUUCUUCUACAGAGAAUCUUCUGGUUCUGCUCAAUGAGAUUCUAGAGAAAGUGAAAGAUAAACUGUGUCAAAGAGCUAUUGAGAAGAUAAAGAUGAACUUGACCAAAGAUCCUAAUGUGGGCAAAGACCACUCUGAAAGGACUGAGGAAACAGGCCUCUCUGAAAGGACCCAAGAAGCUGACAUCACAUUAGCUGAAGAUACUGUUCAAAAUGAAGAAGAAAAUAAUAAAGGUGCUCUUCAUACUCCAGAUAAUGAAGGUAAAAGUAAAGCAACUGGAAAAUUGAAAUCCACAAGAAACAAACCUGGCAAAGGGCAACGAAAAGCAGCAGCAGAAGUGAGGUCUGUGAGCAGAAGAAAAACUGGCACAACUGUAAAAUGCAGUAGUGAAAGUGGUGAUGAAAUACCAGAAUCGGUCCCAAUGUCAAGUUCAAGGCCUUCAAGACGAGCAAAAACAGUGGCACUUGAAAAAACAAGAAUGAAUCUUUCAAGACUUCUGGAUAGGGAAGCAGAUGAAUGA